ACUUGCGCAUGCGUUCUGUUCCCGCUGAACAAAGAUGGCUGCCGUUCAUCGGGGCGUUUGCUUGGUCAAAGACUCGGAUCGGAAAACACGAGACCUGCAGGUUCGUAUUCAAGGAGUCAGGCAUUCCCCAAGUAUUUAGGAACCCUCCCCGCCCAGCCGCCGACUCCGUGGCUCCCUCCGCGAAUCCGCAUCUUUAUCGGCCUCAGACCCAACGAACAUCGCUCACACGUCACCGUCGAUCGCCCUGCGCAUGCUCCAAAGGCUGUUCCGUAGUGCGCAUGUGUACUGCUUUCCUAUAAUGUAGACAGAUGAGAUGCUCCAUCGCAUUGUAUGCCGGGUAUUUACGCCACCAUUGAGCAUCCGUUUUACACACUGCCACUUGUUUUGCUACUAAGUGGAGAACUCUCUGGGGGAAGUAACGUAAGGGACAGGCACUCAAUAAAACACAUGUUAUACAGAAAACCAAGUGUACAGACUCUCCAUUAUCCAUUAGGCAGAAUGGUAUUUGGAAUUGGUGGGAAAUUGACAGCAACAACAACGGAAUCCAAACAUAGAUGAGUGACUGACUUAAUUUUUCCAGUAAGUUGUGGUUAAGACAACAAUAUUGAGUCUGCUUUGGUUUGUGUAAUUUGAUUUAUUCUGCUGACGUUCAUUAACAAUGGGCAAUUCCUGGAAAUAGGCUGCAGAACUGUUCUUUAGCAGUCACUACGGAAUGUGCAUGUCACUCGCAAUGCCAACAUUUAUUGCUAUUUUUAACUGCUCAUUGGUAUCCACCUUCUAGAAAAUUGACCAGGUAUGUUAUGUCCACAAAAAGCAGAACAAAUCCACCUGACCAGUUACCACCCUUACUGUAUGGCAUCAAGAAAGUUGCACGUGGGGUCUCUGACAGUGCUUUGAAGUGGUAUUUGCAAAUGAAUAACCAGCUCACUGAUACGCAGUUUGGGUUCCACCAAAACAGAGCUUUUGAUCUCAUUAUGAACAUGGUUCAAAGAUGGAUAAAAGCAUUGACAUCAAGAGGAGAGCUGAGAGAUUGACUACUCCUAGCAUCAAGAGAAUAUUUGACUGAGUAUGACAAAUGGCAAGUACCAUCUUCACCAUAAAUUUCCAGCCAAUAGCCACCUUCACCAAAGGAGGUUCAAACUAUCGAAGUUCAAUCACAUUCACCAUCAUUUUCAAUAUCCUAUGGCUUACAAUUGAUCAGAUACUGAAGUGGACCAGCCAAGCAUUGCUACACGAAUAGGUCAGAGACUAUGAAUUCUAUGGGAAAUAAUUCACUUCUUGACUUCUCAAAGCGUGUCCACCGUCCACAAGACGUACAUCAGAAGUUGCCUGGGGUGUUAGAAGAGGAGGAUAAACUAUACAUCCAUAUUAGACAGUUAUUUGAAACAUCAGGACCAGAAUAUCAUUAUCCUUUGAACGUGGAAGAAAAGGUAUUUUUGUUUGGGAAAAGGUUUCAAACAUCAGUGUGACUGAAAACGUGCUGAGUGAGCAUGCUUUGGUGAAGUGACUGUGGUAAAAGCUUUAACCAGUUACACAGUGUGUAAGAAACAUUGCAUCAUUCAAUGCGCGGAGAUGCCUGUAUGUGGAGGACGAUCCAACUGACUAUCCAAUCUGAAAAGUCACAAGUGCACCCAUGCCAUGGAGAAACCGUGGAAGUGUGGGAACUGUGGGAAGGGAUUCAGCUGUCCAUCUCACCUGGAAACUCAUCUACGUACUCACACUGGGGAGAGACCGUUCAUCUGCUCUCUGUGUGGGAAGGGAUUCACUCAGCCAUCUAGCCUAGUGUCACACCAGCGAAUUCACACUGAUGAGAAACCCUUUAAAUGUUCUGAGUGUGGGAGAAGCUUUAAGAGCUCUGGGUGUUUAAUUCAACAUCAGCGACUUCACACGGAGGAGAGGCCAUUCGUCUGUGGCAAAUGCAGCAAGAGGUUCAGGACUUCAUCUCAACUCUCAAAGCACCUACGUGUGCACACAGGAGAAAGACCAUUCACUUGCUCACAGUGUGGGAAGAGGUUCAGGUGUUCAUCUAAUCUGACUGAACAUCUGCGUGUUCAUACUGGAGAGAGACCGUUUGUCUGCUCUGAGUGUGGAAAGGGAUUUACUUGUUCAUCCCACCUGACAGAGCACAAGCGGGUUCACACUGGGGAGAAGCCAUUUGUCUGCUCCAUGUGCGGGAAGGGAUUCACCACGUCAUCCCAGCAUCUCACACACCAGGCUGUUCACAGUGGGGAGAGACCAUUCUCCUGCUGCUUGUGUGGGAAGGGAUUCAGUCGUUUAUCCACACUGCAAAGACAUCAACGCAUUCACACUGGAGAGAAACCGUUCCCCUGCUCCCAGUGUGGAAAGGGAUUCACUCAGUCAUCCCACCUGCUGAGACACCAGCAAGUUCACAAGUGACUCCAGGAGUUAGGAUUCUCCUGCUUUUGCUGCUGUUUGUACAGUCUGAGACGUGACUGUGUUUGUUUUUGCAGUAUUCUGACUUCCUGCACUUGGGGCUUGUUGUCCAAUAAAUUAUAUUUGUCUCUAAUGUCAUAUGCCAACUGUCCAGAAUAGAGAACAAUUGCCCUCUUAUUGACUACUCCACUUUUGGGAUAGAAAGCUGGCAAAUGUCCUGUAGCUUCCUAUGAUCAUGGAUAGAUGGGGGUGAAUGCACUGCUUGUGAUUUCCCAAAUUUCUGUAAAUCCUGGGACAGAAGCAAUGUAUUUAUUUGAGUAUUUUUGCAUGAGCUGUGGACAUUUCUGGUUAGGCCAGCAUUUGUUACCCAUUCUGAAUAGCCUUGACACUCUCAGCUUUUUUUUUGUUCCUUGAUGGAUCGAGGGUGUCUCUGGCUAGGCUUGCAUUUAUUGCCCAUCCCUAAUUGCCCAGAGGGCAGUUAAGAGUCAACCAUAUUGCUGUGGGUCUGGAGUCACGUGUUGGCCAGACCAGGUUAGGCUGGCAGUUUCCCUCCCUAUAGGGCAUUAGUGAGCUUUUAAUGACAAUCGACAAUGGCUUCAUGAUCAUCAUUAGACUCUUAAUUCCAGAUUUUUAUUGAAUCAAAUUCCACCAUCUGUGGUGGGAUUUGAAUCCUAGUCCCCAGGACAUUACCUGUGUCUUCAGAUUAACAAUCUAACGAUAAUACCAUCAAGAUGUUGCCUCUGCAUUUCACAGGGCAGUUAAGAGUCAACCACAUUGCUGCAGGUCUGGAGUCACAUGCAGGCCAGACUAGAUAAGAAUGGCAGAUUUUCUUUGCUAAAGGAUAUAAGUGAACCAGAUAGUUUUUCACGGCAGUUGACAAUAUGAUUAAUAUUGACUCCCAUUUGGGUUGCUUUUAAUUCCAGAUUGUUUGAUUGAAUUCAAAUUUCACGAUCUGCAAAUGUGGGAUUUGAACACACGGAUCACAAAAUAUUGACCAGGGGCCCAUAUUACCAUCCCACUG